UUCUUUGUACAUACCAGUCUAGGGGUUUUCUCGUUAUAACAUACUGAAUAGUAUACUCAUCAGAAUAUACGCCAUUCUCACAGAGUCUGUUCAUGUGACUUAGACAUGGAUUUCAGAAACGUUCUGCGAUGUGCAGAGGAGCGGGGACAGCAGAGGGAGGAGGAGGAGAAAGCGGCCAAACAGCAGGCGGUUUGCCCCACCCCAGGGGAUAACAAGCCCGAGGGGGAGGUAGAAGAAGGGGGGGUGCUCACUGGGGAAUCAGAGGACUCCACCCCAUUUGUGUCCCCACGAAACACCAUCAUAAGGAUUGAGGUCGAUAAACCGGAACCGCAUGAGGACGAACCAAUUUACGAGGAGUUUCAGGACGUUAAGGAAAAUGCGUACGAAGCGAUAAAAGUCGCACGUACACAUGUGACAGCCACCGCCACAGCCAAUCUCAUACCACAGGCCAAGAAACCUGAACUCCCACCCCCUCUCAACAAAAAGCCUGACCCCCCACCCCCAUUCAACAAAAAACCAGAACUUCCACCUCCACUCAACAAAAAACCCGAACUCAAACCGAAACCACAGUUCAUAAAGAUGGUGGAACCAAACCAACAGCAACCAAAGCGGGUGAAGGCUCUCCACAAUUUUAAAGGCACCAACAAUGAUGAGUUGUGCUUUUCGAAGGGUGACAUUGUGACGGUCACCCAGACCAUGGAAGGAGGCUGGUGGGAAGGAACACUGAAUGGAAAAACAGGGUGGUUCCCUAGCAACUAUACCAAGGAGGUCAAAGGAGAACUGAUGGGUGUGUUACGACAGUCAGUAACGCCGAAAGGAGCGGCAGAAGUACCGGUGUUUAAACGAGAGAGUAUGCCGUACUAUCACAACGUUGUGCUUCAGAAUGUGAUAGACACAGAGAAGACCCAUGUACAAGAGAUGACAAUGGUUCUACAGACUUACAUACAGCCCAUACAGGGCUCUACCAUAUUAACGCCGACAGAAUAUUUACAAUUAGUGGGAAACCUUGAAGAAAUUGUUGCAUUCCAAAAUAAUUUUCUCAACUCAUUAGAAGAAUGUGCAAAAUGUACACCCCAUCAACGACGAGUAGGAGGGGCGUUUAUGAAGCACGCCCCACGACUCAAGGAGCUGUACCUCGCCUACUGCGCCAACCACCCUCGUGCUGUGGCCAUCCUCCAAAACAAACGGGAGGACCUCAGUAAGUUUAUGGAGAGUAUAGGAGCUACAAAUGCUGCCAUGGCCUUGACCUCUAACUUAUACAAACCGUUCACACGCCUCGACAAAUACCCAAGCUUGCUCAAGGAAUUGGAACGUCAUGUGGAGGAGAGUCACGUUGAUCGUGGCGAUACCCAGAGGGCGAUAGCUGUUUAUAGAGACAUAGCCAAUGCAUGUAUGGAUGUAAGGAAGUUAAAGGAAAUGGAGUAUGAAAUAUUAACAAGUGCAAUAAAAGGCUGGGAGGGGGAGGAGAUGACCAAGCUAGGAGAGGUUGUUCACCUCUCCCAUGUCCAGGUGGAGACUCUAGCUGGAGACAAGUGUGACCGCAUCUUCGUCCUCUUUCCUAGUGUCCUUGUCAUGUUGUCCAUGAGUCCACGACUCAGCGGAUACCAGUAUGAGGGUUCCCUACCCCUCAGUGGUAUGAGUGUAUGUCUGUGUGAGGACGAGGCAGAAAAUCAAGAGUCACUCAGCUUUGAAAUUUCAGGGAAUAUGAUAGAGGAGAUCAUUGUUACCUGUGGAACAAACACAGAAGCUACCUCAUGGGUUGAAGCUUUAAAACAACAAGUCAGCCUGUCACUCACCUCAGGGACCACCAAACCACAGAGUUUACAGAUAUCCACGUCCCAGCCGAGUAUCAGUCAGCUGACACAAGCCAAGACAGCCAAGAUGACCCACUCCACAUGGAGUACUUCAUGUCUACGGCCUUCCCCACCUCUCCGCCAACACCUCAUCUGUAAAGAGGAGGUCAUCCGCAGUCCACGCAUGGGUCGCAAACCCGUCCGCCGGAAACCGGUGCGGACCCAUUCUCAGGAUGAGUAUGACUACAAAUGCAAAUGGAGACAGUAUGAUCCUCGUACGAUGGAAGAGGAUGCUCUUAUCCUGAAGGUGAUAGAGGCCUACUGUACUAGUGCGAAAACUAGACACACGGUCAACUCGUCAUUGGCAAAGGAAAAAUUUAGUCUGGUGCGCCCACUGCCUAAUCCUAACCUCAGUCCCAUUACCGAGUCAUCAUCACAGGACAGCACCGCACCAGCCAUACCAAAAGAGUCUAUCAAUGUGGUGAAGCCCAUGUUGCCCGACGCGAGCCCGGGCGUCCGCCGCGACGUCGGUACCCAAGCUUUGCUCACCAGUCCCCAUGUAUUGAUAGCGGAGGAGGAGAAGAUCAUCGUGGACGAAGGCGACCCCUCCACCAUCCAGGAAAAAACCCUUGUUGACACAGUGUACUCGUUGCGAGAUCAAGUGAAAAACCUGGAGCAGGAUCAAAAGAAAAUGAAGAGGGAACUUGAAGAGGAGACGAAAGCACGAAAACGAUUAGAGACCAAAUUUCAUAAAGCAUUAAAAAACCGCACAGAUUUACAAUGGGAUGAAAACAUGACUUAAAUUGUUGCACUUCAUAGAAAUAUAUUUAUAAAUAUCUGUGUUAGACCUUUUAUCUUCAUACGUAGUAAACCCUGUGUUGGAAUAGUCAGAAUCACAUGGAAUGGAUUACAACAAUGAUGUCACAGCUUAUCUUUCUGUAGUGCCAACAUCUCCCCAGGUAACCACAACGGUGGCCCUGUCAUACACCCUGUGCUGGAGUGGAAAUUAUCACAAUGGCGGCCUUGUCAUACGCCUUGUGCUGGAGUGGAAAUAAUCACAAUGGUGGCCUUAUCAUACGCCUUGUGCUGGAGUGGAAAUUAUCACAAUGGCGGCCUUGUCAUACGCCUUGUGCUGGAGUGGAAAUAAUCACAAUGGUGGCCUUGUCAUACGCCUUGUGCUGGAGUGGAAAUUAUCCUAAGGAGUUUGUGUUGGUGCCAAUGUCUGUUCAUUAUGCGUUCAUUAUCAUACUGGUGAUUGGUAAUACCCUGUGUUGUUAGGAGACUGUGCUUUGUCACGGAGACUGUGUGUUGUCACGGAGACUGUGCGUUGUCGCCGAGACUGUGCGUUGUCGCCGAGACUGUGUGUUGUCACGGAGACUGUGCGUUGUCAAGGAGACUGUACCUUGUCACGGAGACUGGAGUCACAGAUUUAAGUAGUCCUCAUCUUCCUUGCUUCUACAUUCAUCAUAUUAAUGUCAUCUCAAGUUUUCAAACCAGUUGGGAUUUUCAUACCUGUUUGACAUCCCUAAUCAGCGGAUUUACAUCUGUUUCUGAGAAAACUUGCAAAAUAAUUUUGUCAAUGUAUAUUUGUCUUCAGUGAGAAAAUGCCUUCAUCAGAUUCUCAAAUAUUGAUGCGACCCAAAUUUUCAGGAAGGCUGUACUGAAUUUGUGUACUGUUUUAUGUACACAAAAACAGACAAGUAAUCAGUAAAUGUGUUUCUAUGAUUUAUUAUAGAUUAUGUAAUACUUGCGGCCGUUUUCUAGUUAAUUUGAUAUACAUUUAAGUUGUUUGCUGACAAUUUGACUGUGUUAGGUCCUGCCUCUCACUGAACCUUGUGCGAAUUAUUAAGUUUGUACAAAGCCAAGAGAAGUAGCACUCUUUCCUGCAAUGAUGUGAAAGAAAAACUCAGGAAGAUAACCAAAGAGUUUUGUACAUCAUCAUCAGAUGUCCAUUUCCUCAUGAUUCCCCCCCCCCCCCUCCUCUCGCUUUAAAAGUCACUUGUAUAUUUGUUUGAUGUGUGAUGUAUGAUUUUCAUGUUAAACUGUGAUUCUUUCCUUAAUGAAUGUCUUUGACAAUAUCUGCAUUUACAUUAGUAUACAGUUUAAAAAUAAUAUAUAGAUAUAUAUGUAUAUAUAAUAUCCUUCCAUCUACUAGUUUGUAUCCCCCCCAACCAACCAACCAACACCCAGCAAUGAUAAAUUACAAUUCUCUGAAUAAUGUAUUUUCCAUAAUUAAUAUAAUUAGCACCCGGGGUACAGUAAAAUAAGCUAACGGGGUUCUUAAUAGGGUGAAGGGUACUGACAAGUUAAAACUAUAUUAUUACCAAAGUUUACCACUGUCUCCAUCUUGAAAUACUUGUUUAAGUACUUUUCUUAGAACUUUCCAUGAAAAGAAUUAUAUUUGCUUGAAAUUUGAAUGUUUUAAAUAGAAAUUAUAACUUGGAAAGAUGAAAUAUUACAAUUUGCUAUAUUAAGUGUCCAUCUAAGAAUUUAUGAAUAUUCAAAUUUGACAUUAGCAUACCAUUAUAAGCUAUCAUGAUUGAUACAACCUGUCUCGCGUGUUCUUGGUCAGUAAAGUAUAAGCUACUGCUGUACCGUUCAACAUAACAAGGGGAGAUAACUCCAAGACACAGGAGCGAGUUUCUAGAACAAGUUGAUAUUGUAUAUUUUUGAUCAUAUCACACAGAACCAGUUACUGGUUUGCUCAAUACAAGUCUGUCCACAGUUUUAUUGUAUUGGUGUAAAUUACAAACUUUUAUGCAGUAUAUCUUCUAGUGUGUUCAAAAAGCUCAAUGAAAUACUAACCGUCCUAUAGAUUCAGUCGUACCGUGGGUAAAUUACCACAAGUCUAGGUCCCAAUAGUCACUGUACAUCAAUUCAAUUGUAUUAAAAAUGUCCAAAAGUUUGAAGUGAAAAUAAGACUGCCUUGAAAAUGACUCUGUAGUGACGAAAUUGAUAGUGCUAUAGUUUGACGUCAAACAACAUAGAAAAGCUAACCGGUCUUUAUGUUAGUGAUAUUGAUAAACCAGGUUAUACACAUAUUUCAAUAUUAUUAAACCAGUUAUUCCAGAAAAGUGAUAGUUACAAAUUUCCUGAUUUAUAUUGACUGACUAAUAACCCUGAAAAUGAAAUGGUUUUUUUUGUAUUCAGGGUUCAAGAAAUCACUUUAAUUUCAUGGAAUUGCUUGCCGAUGUUUGAAUGGCUGUCUUGUGUUAAAAACAUGACCCCAGUUCAAUGCAUUUAUGUGACUUGUCCUUCACAGACAAAGUUGACCGUGCUAUAGUAUGGCCAUCAAGGAUAUAUGACCGAUGUCACUGAGAUAUCUACUGAGAAUAAAGUGCUUGUUAGAAUGACUCGGAAUCAUGUAGUAGUGAUUAUUGAAUGGUGCAUAAUAGCAUGUACAUUCUUCAUGUGAUACAUUUGUCUUCUCAUGUUACUAUAUACUGUUACUGGUAUGUUGUACGCUGUGUUACUAUAAGUAACCAUGUGAUACAUGAGUACUUUGUGGUGGUAACAGAUGCUAAUUUUAGGACACUUUUUUCCCAGGUGGCUGAUGCUGAUUAACUGAUCUCCUCCUUUCCUAGAAUUCUGAUGUUUAUUUGAUUAUUUUUGUAAACUGAAGUGUUUUGAUUGCUGAGCUUGCCCUGCACUCUUUCUAUGACAUUUUCCAUCAUUUUAUGGUAAAAAAAAAAAAACUAUCCAGCUUAUAUUGCUAUUUAUGUUUCUGUUUUGUAACUGUUCACCAAAACAAGGGCUGAUUUUACAUAGAGUGUUCAGCAGGAAACAACAGAUACCAUAUUCUUCCUUGUAUCAUUACUUGUUAGUACUGGUAAUAUUGCCUCAAAAGUUACGGAGAUCAGUUCAUUACAGACAGGCUGGACUUCUUAAAAUUGUGUGAGUGUAAACAGGAUGACAUUUUCCCACACAUCUAUAACACUGGUGCUGUGGGACAGGAAACAGUUGUGGGUAUACAGCCUUUUUCAGAUUUAUAUUUCCAUGAUCAGCUUGUAGAGUGAAAUACACCAAAUGUGGUAAUACAGUUACAUACCCACGAUGUAAAACUGUCGUGUUAUGGCUGAUGACAUAGAAUAUAACAGAUUGUAAGGAAUGGAGUAUAAAAACAAAUUAGUUAGCCCAAGCCUGCCUUACUUUGUGUACAAAAGAAAAUGUAAUUUUUCAGUUUCUUGUUGUCCUCAUUUGUGCCAAAACAUGAGUGUAUCAAAACUGUUGUAUAUUGUAACACAUUUUAUAACAGGCAUUAUACAACUUAUUUAUAUCAGUUUGAAGGUUAACAGAGGGAAGGGUGAGCUGUAUAGGUUAUCUUCCUUCCGUUACACAUCUGGGACCUUUUUUUGAAGGAGACAGAUAGGUUUGACCAAAAUCCUUCAGGAAGUAGUUGGUCUAAUUAUAGAAGGAUGGAUUUGAUUUACUCCAGAAAAACUCAUUAACAAAGUCAGCCAUUUCCAUGUAUUGUAUUCUUAGCAAGCAAAUGUUUAGUAAGUCUGGUCUUCCAUCCUAUAAAAUUUAUUACAUGUACAACUUGCUUUAAUUUUAAUAACAUUUUCACCUGUUGUUUUCCAUGGUGGUGCAGGCCAUCAGUGAACCAUCUUUUGCAAUAUGAUGUUCAGUUCUACUAUUACUGCCAUUAUCUUUAUGGGACCAUAAAUAAGUCGCACAUUAAAAUUGACAGGUAAUUUUACUAAAUUAAUCAGGGAAUCUUUUUUUUUUCAAAUAUUUCAGCAUAUCAUCGAUUCAUUCUUUUAAACUCAUUUCCGGACCCAGGUUCUCAAGAGCAUCUAGAAUGAAGUCCACUCUCAAAAGUUGGCUGUUAGUUGCCGGACGAAGAAAAUUGUUUUUAAUUUGGUAAAAUGGCCAUGCAAAUGCACAGGUAUAAAAAAAAAAACCUCAAAAUUUAUAAACAACAUUGAAAUCCGGACACAAGUCUAAAUUCUCUCCUGACCCUGGGGCCUGCAGUGCUGGUAUACAAAAUAUUUCACCAUUUAAGAGAUUCAUUAUCAUUUCAGUUCUGAUUGACAAGAUCUUCCAUAUUUCAUUAAUUAAUUAGAAUUAUGAUGUUAGUCAUUGAUUUGGUGCGAGCGCCAAUAAGUGUAUAAAUAUACGAAUGUGUUCAGGGCCAUUCUCCCUUGUACAUCAUCACGGUUUAGAGUCGAUCACGUUGCGUGGAGAUCCGUCUCUGCUUUAAGUUAUGUAUUACUAACAUUAUGUCUCAGUUCUGUUGUAGAAGUUUGUACGAUGAAUCCUAAUGAAAUGUGAUAUUUCAAAUAAACAAUCACAAAAUAUACC